AUUCCGACAGUGAAGGGGCUGGAUGCAAACACAAGACGGAUUAAGAUGAAGUUAGGCCACUAAAUUAUUUAUUAAAUGAUCAUUUCUAACGUUUUACAAAUUAGUAGGACCAGAGCUAGUUGUGUCGGAUACAUGGCAUCGUUUAAUACUGCUGGUAGGUAUUUUCAGUUUCUGGAGGAACCCAGGUUCUGGUCGAGGUUGGCCCGGAUAUUCACAUCUGUGGAAUCUGUAAGCAGCAGUACAAUAACUUUGAGGACUUCCUUGCUCACAAACAAAAUGGAUGCCAAGUGACUCCAACCGCCCCGCCUGCCCUUAGCAAUAUGGAGACCAUCUCAGAUGCCGCUUCAGAGUUUGUCUUUGAAGAAAGUUACCAGUCAUGUGUAUCCAGAGGCAACAAGAAGGUUGAAGUGAAAACACAUAAAGCAUCUUCUAAAAAAAACAGGCCUGCACUGAUAUCAAAGAGGCUCUGCUGCUGCUUUCAGGGUUGCUCCUUCAAAACGCAAUAUGGUCAAAAAGACAUGGAGAGACAUUUAAAAACUCACACAGGCGAGAAGCCAUUCAAGUGUGAUAUAUGCAGCAAGCUCUUCAGUCGAAAGGAUAAGCUGACGAUGCACAGUCGCUCGCACACCGGGGAGAAGCCUCACAAAUGUAAAUAUUGCAGCUAUGCAGCAGCAGACAGCAGUAGCCUCAAGAAGCACCUUCGGAUUCACUACGACGAGCGCCCCUUUAAGUGCCAGAUCUGCCCCUACGCCAGCCGCAACUCCAGCCAGCUCACUGUGCAUCUUCGCUCCCACACUGGAGAUGCUCCUUUUCAGUGCCAUCUUUGUGAAGCAAAAUUCAAAAUCAACUCCGACCUGAAGCGACACGUGCGUAUCCACUCUGGAGAGAAACCUUACAAGUGUGAGUUCUGUGAAUACUGCUGUGCCAUGAAGGGGAACCUGAAAUCCCACAUCCAGCUCAAACACAGCACAGAAAACGCAUUCAAAUGCACACAGUGUGACUUCCAGUGCAGGAACAAGACUUCCCUUCGGCAGCAUGCCAGGGAGCACCAACCUGAGCAGCCAAUUAAGUGUCUCAAAUGCAGCUACUCCUGCUCCAACAAGACAGCCCUGAAAGUACAUGAGAGGAUCCACUCCGAGGAUCGACCUUUCAAGUGCGAGCACUGCAACUUUGACACCAAACAGAGGAGCAACCUGAUCAUGCAUAAGAAAAAGUUCCAUGCCAACAAAGUUAAAACUAAGGGCCAGGGCAAGGUACGGAAAGUGGAAGUUUGCCCAAAGCCAGGACGCUCCCGCUAUCGAGCCAAACUUGAUGCCGCGCGAUCUUUCCAGUGUGAUAUUUGCGAGGCGUCUUUUGUGAGGGAAGACUCUUUGAGAAGUCACAGGAAACAGCACGUGGAUGCCCGGAUGAUAUCGAACACUGCCCUGGCAGUCCUGCAGAUACAGAUGCAUCACGAGGACCAGGUGAGUUCUCAACCUCAAUUGAAUCAACUCCACGUUCCCCUGCAGUCGAACCAAAUAUCCUCUUACAGCAACGGCCACCUGAAGAUCCUCGUCGGCCACCAGCUCGGGCAGGAAAGCACUUUUGUGCACACUGCGGUGGACGACAGUCAACACCAACCCAAGGAAGAUUCUGCAAUCACAAACUCUGCAGAUCAGAGCAGAGUGGAUGGUGUUACUGGCAGCCAGAUGGUUCACCAAGUCAACUUGAUGGCGCCUGUGCAACAAAUGGUGCCUCACAAUGAGGUCAGUCCAAUGGAACAUCAGACCGUUCUUCUUACUCAUAUUGCUCCCAGUACAGAUGACUCUCUCCACCAGGCUCUGAUUCAGACCACACAAGUAGCUACCCUGGACUCUAAUAACCAGACCUUCAUUACAACCUGCUCAGACCUGGAAGGGCUCAAUGCCCUAAUUCAGGAAGGGGGCACAGAAGUGACAGUGGCAACGGAAAGAAAUCUCAGUGUUUCUGUGGCGUCUUCCAUAACUACACCGUCGAUCCUCACCUCUCUUUCUCAAGACUUGAAGCACAAGCAGGCUGUUGUCGUUCACAGCGGUUCCAGCUCAAAUGAAGACACCAGUCUGAUGGUUCCCAACAUCAGUAUAAAUACUCAAGGGGUGAUCAUUCAUAGUCUACCUCUUGUUGUUUCAACUGCUCAGCAGCAACAGUCUUUGGACCUGCUUUCCUCGCAGAACCUUUAUUCAGAACCCCAUAGUUCAACAACUAUAACUUUACAGGAGUCUGUAUAGAAUUGUGCAGGAAGGUUUAGCAACAAUCGUCAAUGCUUUGCACUGUAACAACCAUCAUGUGUGUUGGCCAUAUAGAAUAAAGAGAGUUGUGUAUUGA